AUGGACAUAGAUUCUAAGAUUCGAGCGUACAGAUUUGUUGGCUAUGCGGCUGUUUUCUUCUCAGCCGUCACCGUCUUCAGCGUGUGCAUCACCUUGCCUAUCAUCUACAACUACACACAGCAGAUGAGACGCAAUAUCAAUAGCGAAGUCGAGAAAUGUCGUGUUGAAAUCAAGGACACAUGGACUGAGGUCAGUCUUAUGAAUGUUGAGAGCAAGAUGUUGAACAGCACAAGGGUGGCUCGUCAAGCCAAACAAUGCCAAGGAUGCUGUGCUCCAGGAAAUCCUGGACGUCCUCCGACGAACAUGUGCGAGCCCGUCACUCCACCACCAUGUGAGCCUUGCCCUGCCGGAGACAUCGGACCACCCGGACCUCCCGGACUUAAAGGACAUCAAGGACCACCCGGUCCCGCUGGACCUGAAGGUCCAGAAGGAGAGCCAUGUGGAGUUGGUCUUCAAGGCGCACCCGGAAGACCCGGGUCAAACGGACGACCCGGCGAGCCUGGCCAUCCUGGACCCAACGGAGAAUCAAAAAAUGUCCAACCUGGUGCUCGUGGACCUCCCGGACCAGCCGGACCACAAGGACAUAUGGGAUCACCUGGCGCCAAUGGCGAGCCUGGCAAAUGGGGAGAGCCUGGACCCAAAGGACCCGAUGGCGCCCCUGGAAAGCCCGGAAAUGAUGGAACCACUGGACCCAAAGGAAAUGGCGGCAACUCUGGCAUCGAGGGAGAGCGUGGAAUCUGUCCUAAGUAUUGCGCUCUUGAUGGUGGUGUUUUCUUCGAGGAUGGAACUCGUCGU